AUGGAGGCGGAGAUCGAGGCUCUCAGACGAGAGCGCGAGGAGAAGAUACGCCAAAUCGCCGAGAAGCGGAAGCAGGUCGAAGAAUUGCGGAAGAAGCGCAGUGAGCGCCAAGCGCAGCAGAAAUCCCAGGCUGGGGCUCUCUCCAGCAAUGUGGACAGCCUCGUCGCUGAGAUUCUCGGCUCGGCAGGCGGCGCAACAGCAUCUCCGGAAGGGCCUUUGAAGGAGCUCAGCGAGAAGAGCCGCGCUUCGCCGCCAGGAGCUGGUGAGAGGAGUCUCAACUUCCAGCAGGAGAUCUCCGUCGCUUCGGUCGACGUCGAGCCUGCUGGGCACGAGUCGUACGACAGGUCGUGCCAGACCGACCUCAAAGCCGACGAUGUCGGAGGUGGUCAGGGCGGCGGAGGGCCAAAGCAGCUGAUGACGAAGUCCUCCACGUCAAUCCUGAUGAAAAUGGCUGACAGGGCCAAGAAUCGGGUCGUGUCCGGGACGACGGCCAUGACGCAGGAAGAGCGUCGCGUAAAGCGCGCAGCCUCCGAGGCUGCCAAACCAGAGGAGGAAAAGCCAGAGGUCAAGGAGCUGAGUCCCGAGGAGAGGAAAAAGGUCGAGAGCCAUCCGGACUACGUAGCGUUCUUUGAGCGGGCCACUCUUCUUGUGGAGAGGGUGCUGGGCCAGGAGACCUGGGACUUGGCUCUUGACUUCAAAAACACCUCGGCCGAGGGUGUCGAGGGCGAGGGUGGAGGUGCAGAUGCCUUGAAGCACGUGGACGAUUAUGUGGAGGACAAGUGGUCGCGUGGUCGUCCCGUGACAGACCUCCGCUUUUCACCUCACAACAAGGAGAUCUUCAUCGCCGCCUAUCACCAGAAAUCGAACCCGGAACUGUCGGAUCCAGAUGGCUGCAUGCUCGUGUGGAACCUUUCCAUGAAGAGCCGGCCGGAGGUUGUUUUCUCUGCGCCCAGCGCCGUCUUGACAGCCAUUCCCCACAAGUUCGAUCCUGCGUUGCUUUAUGGAGGCACCUACUCUGGUGGCAUCGUCUUGUGGGACACUCGGCAGAAGGCUGGUCCCGUACUGAAGACCCCUCUGAGCGGGAAAGGUCAUGCCCACCCCGUCACUGCCAUGGAGCAAGUGGGCACUCAGAAUGCGACGAAUCUCGUCACAGCCUCGAACGACGGGAGACUCUGCGUCUGGUCGCUUGCAAUGCUGAACCAGCCGCAGGAGACCGUGGACUUGAAGCACGAGAGCAAGGGUCGAAGGGAGCCCUCGGUGAUGUCUCUGUCCUUCCCAGAGAACGAGACCAACGUGCUCUACGUGGGUUCCGAGGAUGGUGCCAUGUGGCAGGUGAACCUGCGAGGCACCAAGACUGGGAUCACGGAGCUCUACGAUGGGCACGACGGUCCUGUAACUGGGGUCCACAUGCAUCCUCAUCAAGGAAGCGACUCUGGUAUCUCUGCGGAUACCACGACGGACUUGUGUUUGACAAGCUCGUUCGAUUGGAGCAUCAAGCUCUGGAGGGUCAAGCAAUUCCAGUCUCCGGUCCUCUCCCUGGAUACUUUCGAGGACUAUGUCUACGAUGUGAGAUGGCAUCCCACGCAUCCGGCGGUUUUCGCCUCCACGGAUGGCGAAGGGCACAUCGAUCUUUGGAAUCUGAAUAAGAACAUCGAGCUGCCGGUUCUACGAUGUGAGAACCCCAAUGGACGGAGGCUGGCAUUGAACAAAUGCCACUGGUCCAGCGAUGGGCGGAAGCUCGCAGCAGGGGACAGUGAGGGCACGGUCAGCGUCUUCGCUGCGGACCGCACCGUCGCGCAGCCGAGGAACGAAGACUUCUUGCAGUUCCAGGAGCGGGUGCGACAGCUGAAGCCCAUCGUUCAGCGCACGCGGGAUUCGGGAUACGGCGACGCUCGAUUGGCCGCGAUGGCGAAAGGUUUGGCGCACUAG